CUUCCUGAUGAGCAAAGUGGCAGACGGCUGCUGUGUUCUGCAGAACUGCUUCUUUAAAGACAGAGGACAAAAUGACUUCUAAACUACAUGAGGACCUCGUCUGUCCUGUGUGCUGUGACAUCUUCACGUACCCGGUCAUCAUCUCCUGUAGUCACAGUGUGUGUAAAGUUUGUCUGCAACAAUUCUGGGACACCAAAGGGUCCAAGGAAUGCCCAGUCUGCAGGAGAAUAUCUUCAAUGGACAAUCCUUUAGUCAACCUUCAACUGAAGAACCUGUGUGAGACCUACUUACAGGAGAGAAGUCAGAGAGCUUCAGCAGGGUCCGAGGUACUCUGCCGUCGACACAGUGAGAAACUCAAGCUCUUCUGUCUGAAGGAUAAACUGCCUGCAUGUGUGGUGUGCCAGACCUCAAAAAGACACAGAUACCACAAGUUUUGUCCUGUAGAUGAAGCAGCAUGUGACCUCAAGGAGGAAGUUAAGCUCAGACUUGAGCCCUUACGUGCGAAGCUGAGGGUGUUUGAGGAAACUAAACUCACCUGUGAAGAAAUAGCACAGCACAUCCAGACUCAGAUCCAGAACACAGAAAAGCAGAUCAAGCAGGAGUUUGAGAAGCUUCACCAGUUUCUAUAAGAUGAGGAGGCAGCCAGGAUAGCUGCACUGAUGGAGGAAGAGGAGCAGAAGAGUCGGAUUAUGAAGGAGAAGAUUGAGAAGAUGAGCAGAGAGAUCUCAUCUCUUUCAGACACGAUCAGAGCCGUAGAGGAGAAGAUCGAAGCUGAUGAUGUCACAUUUUUACAGAACUACAAGAGCACAGUGGAAAGAGCCCAGUGCAAACUGCAGGAUCCAGAGAGGCUUUCAGGAGCUCUGAUCAAUGUGGCAAAGCACCUGGGCAACCUGAAGUUCAGAGUCUGGGAGAAGAUGCAGGAGAUUGUACAAUACACUCCUGUCACACUGGAUCCCAACACUGCAGCUGUUGGCCUCAUCCUGUCUGAGGACCUGACCAGUGUGAGAUGUGAGGAUGAGGCACUGCAACUUGAGGAUGACACACUGCAACUUCCUGAGAACCCAGAGAGAUUCGAUCUCUAUAACAGUGUUCUGGGCUCUGAGGGCUUUAACUCAGGGACACACUGCUGGGAUGUGGAGGUUGGGGAGGGCAUAGAGUGGGAUGUGGGCCUGAUGACAGAGUCUCUCCAGAGGCAGGGAGAGUACUCUUCUAUGAGUGGACUCUGGUUUGUGUGGUAUAAAGAUGGUGAAUAUAGAGCAUGUGCCCCACCACAGCCUGACACUCUCCUCAAAGUGAAGCAGAAACCCCAGAUGAUCAGAGUGCAGCUGGACUGGAACAGAGGAGAGUUGUGUUUUUCUGACCCUGAUAAUAACACACAUCUACACACCCUCAGACACACGUUCUCUGAGAGAGUGUUUCCAUACUUUAACACCGGAGAGGGACUGCUGAGAAUUCUGCCAGUGAAGGUGUCAGUAGCAGCAGAGAAGCUGAGCUGGAUAUGACAUCACUUCCUUUGGGCAGGACAGUAUUGAGGAGCCCAUUUUGGUAGAAAAGAAAGACGAGAGUGGCCACUGCAAUGGCUGACAGCACUGCAAAACGGCUGGAGGCACCAGAUAGUAGUUUCAUGGCAUUUUUUUGCGUUCUAUACAAUUUGUUUAUGUCAUAUAGCUUUUUUGGUGGACAGGCGUUGAUUUGUUAUUGCAUUGUAGUUUUGUUGUAGUCUUUUUUUCUGCUUCUAUUGAGAGGCCACUGAGCACUCAGCAAUUGAUGCACCAUCAUGCAAAAUUGUGUGUGAAGCAUUAUGGGGUGUCACAAAUAAUUAUGGAGCAUUAUGAGACAUUCUGAAGCCAAGCCAUGACAAACAUCUGUAAAAUGUAUUUCUUUUUUUUUGGCUUUACUAAUAGUAUCAGUCAUAUGGCAUGUUUCAAAAUUCAAUAAUGUUCGUGUGUGGAUUUAUGGUUCUGUUAGGUGUUGAGUCUUUUGAAUAAAAUGUGAUAUUACCCUCAA